AUGGCUGAAGAUCUGCGAGAUCGCAACGACCCGGAGCUGAAGUAUCUGUCCGUGGAACGGAACUCCUUCAACGAUCCGGCCACGCAGGCCGAGUGGACACAGAAGCGGCUCGUUUGGGUGCCGCACGAAUCACAAGGUUUUGUCGCCGCCAGCAUCAAAGGUGAACGCGGGGAUGAGGUGGAGGUGGAGCUGGCCGAAACCGGCAAGCGCGUGCUGGUACUUAAGGAUGACAUCCAGAAAAUGAACCCGCCCAAAUUCGACAAAGUCGAAGACAUGGCCGAGCUGACGUGCCUGAACGAAGCCUCCGUCCUGCACAACAUCAAGGACCGAUACUACUCCGGUUUGAUAUAUACAUACUCGGGUCUGUUCUGCGUGGUGGUGAACCCGUACAAGAAGCUGCCUAUCUAUACCGAGAAGAUCAUGGAAAAAUACAAAGGCAUCAAACGGCACGAAGUGCCACCACACGUCUUUGCCAUUACAGACACCGCUUAUAGAUCAAUGCUGCAAGAUCGAGAGGAUCAGUCCAUUCUGUGUACUGGCGAGUCCGGUGCGGGCAAAACCGAGAACACAAAGAAAGUUAUCCAGUAUUUAGCAUACGUCGCUGCAUCCAAGCCGAAGGGAUCUGUUGCGACACCGACGCCUGCACUCAUCAUCGGUGGUCAUCAUACAAGUUUAUCGGGUGAGCUGGAGCAGCAACUUCUUCAGGCAAAUCCCAUUCUGGAAGCGUUCGGAAACGCGAAGACGGUGAAAAACGAUAAUUCGUCCCGUUUCGGUAAAUUCAUCCGAAUAAACUUUGAUGCAUCCGGUUACAUCUCCGGGGCCAACAUCGAAACGUAUCUGCUGGAGAAGUCUCGUGCCAUUCGUCAAGCAAAGGAUGAGCGUACAUUCCACAUCUUCUACCAGCUGUUGGCCGGCGCGUCGCCCGAACAGCGCGAACGCUUCAUACUCGACGACGUGAAGACUUACCCGUUCCUGUCGAAUGGCGGACUGCCAGUGCCAGGGGUGGAUGAUUAUGCUGAGUUUCAGGCCACUGUAAAAAGCAUGAACAUCAUGGGAAUGACGUCGGACGACUUCAACUCCAUCUUCCGCAUCGUCAGUGCGGUGCUGCUGUUCGGCUCGAUGAAGUUCAAACAGGAGCGCAAUUCGGACCAAGCUACGCUGCCGGAUAAUACGGUCGCGCAAAAGAUCGCACACCUACUGGGAUUGAGCGUGACCGACAUGACGAAAGCGUUCCUGACACCGCGCAUCAAGGUUGGUCGGGACUUCGUCACCAAGGCGCAAACGAAGGAGCAGGUUGAGUUUGCCGUCGAGGCGAUAGCCAAGGCAUGCUACGAGAAAAUGUUCAAGUGGCUCGUGAACCGGAUAAACCGCUCACUGGACCGUACCAAGCGGCAAGGAGCAUCGUUCAUCGGAAUCCUUGAUAUGGCUGGUUUUGAGAUCUUCGAACUGAACUCGUUCGAGCAGCUGUGCAUUAACUACACGAACGAAAAGCUGCAGCAGCUGUUCAACCACACGAUGUUCAUCCUCGAGCAGGAAGAAUACCAGCGUGAAGGUAUCGAGUGGAAGUUCAUCGAUUUCGGGCUUGAUCUACAACCGACGAUUGACCUGAUUGACAAACCGGGCGGUAUCAUGGCACUGCUGGACGAAGAGUGCUGGUUCCCGAAGGCGACGGACAAGUCGUUCGUGGAAAAGCUUGCCGCUGCUCACUCGAUGCAUCCGAAGUUUAUGAAGACUGAUUUCCGCGGUGUAGCGGAUUUCGCGGUUGUGCAUUAUGCCGGCAAGGUGGACUACUCAGCGACCAAGUGGUUGAUGAAGAACAUGGACCCGUUGAACGAAAAUGUCGUGUCGCUGCUGCAAGCAUCGCAGGACCCGUUCGUGGUGCAGAUCUGGAAGGAUGCGGAGAUCGUAGGAAUGGCACAGCAGGCGCUCACCGAUACACAGUUCGGGGCUCGUACACGCAAGGGUAUGUUCCGUACCGUAUCGCAUCUGUACAAGGAGCAGCUGGCCAAGCUGAUGGAUACGCUCCGCAACACAAACCCGAACUUUGUGCGUUGUAUCAUUCCGAAUCACGAGAAACGUGCCGGUAAAAUCGACGCCCCGCUUGUACUGGACCAACUGCGCUGUAACGGUGUGCUCGAAGGUAUCCGUAUCUGCCGGCAGGGCUUCCCCAACCGUAUUCCAUUCCAAGAGUUCCGGCAGCGCUACGAGCUGCUCACGCCGAACGUCAUACCGAAGGGCUUUAUGGAUGGCAAGCGGGCUUGCGAACAGAUGAUCAAGUCUCUCGAGCUUGACAGCAACCUGUACCGCAUCGGUCAGUCGAAGAUUUUCUUCCGUGCGGGUGUGCUGGCACAUUUAGAGGAGGAGCGCGAUUAUAAGAUCACGGAUCUGAUCGUAAACUUCCAGGCGUUCUGCCGUGGCUUCUUGGCACGCCGGAACUACCAGAAACGGUUGCAGCAAUUGAACGCAAUUCGCAUCAUCCAGCGUAACUGUGCUGCCUACUUGAAACUCCGCAACUGGCAGUGGUGGCGUCUGUACACGAAGGUGAAACCGCUGCUCGAGGUGACAAAGCAGGAGGAAAAGUUGGUACAGAAGGAGGACGAACUGCGCCAGAUUCGCGAUAAGCUAGACAACUUGUCGAGGAACUCGCAGGAGUACGAGAAGAAGUACCAGCUAGCGAUGGAAGAGAAGACACACCUGGCUGAACAACUUCAAGCGGAAAUUGAGCUUUGCGCCGAGGCAGAGGAAGGCAGAGCUCGUCUGGUUGCUCGCAAGCAAGAGUUAGAGGAACUGAUGCAGGACCUCGAGUCGCGUAUUGAGGAAGAGGAAGAACGCGUCAACGCCCUUACGAGCGAGAAGAAGAAGCUGCAAAUCAACAUACAGGAUCUUGAGGAGCAGCUGGAAGAAGAAGAAGCCGCUCGCCAAAAGCUGCAACUCGAAAAGGUACAGCUGGAUGCUAAGCUGAAAAAGAUGGAGGAAGAUGUGGCGCUGAUCGAUGAUCAAAACCACAAGUUGGUCAAAGAGAAAAAGCUGCUUGAGGAACGUGCCAACGACCUGUCGCAGACCCUUGCCGAGGAGGAAGAAAAAGCAAAGCACCUAGCCAAGCUCAAAGUGAAGCACGAAUCGACAAUUGCGGAGCUUGAGGAACGUCUGCUAAAGGACCAUCAGCAACGUCAGGAGUCCGACCGUUCAAAGCGAAAGGUCGAGACGGAAGUGGCCGAUUUGAAGGAACAAAUCAACGAGCGGCGCAUGCAGAUUGAGGAAAUGCAGCAGCAACUUGUGAAGCGCGAAGAAGAACUCGCCCAAACUCUGGUGCGCAUUGACGAAGAGUCGGCGGCCAAGGCGGCGGCUCAGAAGACACAACGUGAGCUCGAGUCACAGUUGGCCGAAAUCCAGGAGGAUCUGGAGGCUGAGAAGUUGGCUCGUUCCAAGGCCGAAAAGCAGAAGCGUGACCUCAACGAAGAGCUGGAGGCACUCAAAAACGAGCUGUUGGAUUCAUUGGACACUACUGCCGCUCAACAAGAGUUGCGUUCAAAGCGCGAGCAGGAAGUGGCUACGUUGAAAAAGACGCUCGAGGAUGAAUCGGCUAAUCACGAAUCGACUCUGAUGGACAUGCGCCACAAACACGCACAGGAGAUCUCGUCUAUCAACGAGCAGCUGGAAAAUUUGAAAAAGCUCAAGAGUGGUUUGGAGAAGGGGAAACAGACACUGGAGGCUGAAAAUGCUGACCUAGCCACCGAGUUGCGCAACGUAAACCAAUCCCGUCAGGAGAACGAUCGCCGGCGUAAACAGGCAGAGACACAGAUUGCUGAGCUUCAGGUGAAAUUGGCUGAAGUGGAACGCGUUCGUGUUGAGCUUCAGGAUAAGGUGACAAAGUUGCAACAAGAAACCGACAAUAUCACCCAGCAACUGGACGAAGCUGAAUUGAAGGCGUCAGCGGCGAUCAAGAGCGCUGGAAAUCUGGAGAGUCAGCUUACGGAAGCUCAGCAGUUGCUAGAAGAGGAAACCCGACAGAAGCUUGCAUUAAGCUCCAAACUUCGCCAGAUCGAGUCGGAGAAAGAGGCUCUGCAAGAGCAGUUGGAAGAAGAUGAGGAAGCUAAGACGAAUUAUGAGAAAAAGCUGGCUGAGCUUAACUUUACCAUUCAAGAGAUGAAGAAGCGCUCGGAGGAGGAUUCAGACUUGGCCAAGGAGCUAGAGGAAUCGAAGAAGAAGAUGAACAAGGACAUUGAAACUCUGCAGCGCCAGAUCCAGGAAUUGCAGGCCGCCAAUGACCGUUUGGAUAAGAGCAAGAAAAAGAUCCAAUCGGAACUGGAGGAUGCAACGAUCGAGCUGGAGACGCAGCGCACCAAGGUGUUGGAGUUGGAGAAGAAACAAAAGAACUUCGAUAAGGUGUUGGCCGAGGAGAAAGCUAUCAGCGAGCAGGUGGCCCAAGAAAGAGAUGCUGCCGAGCGUGAAGCACGCGAGAAAGAAACCAAGGUUCUGUCUUUGACCCGUGAGCUCGACGAUGCGUUCGAGAAGAUUGACGAACUAGAAACGAAACGCAAGGGUCUGCAGAACGAACUGGACGAGCUGGCAAAUACACAGGGAACAGCCGACAAAAACGUGCACGAGCUUGAAAAAGCGAAACGAGCCCUCGAAAGUCAGCUAGCGGAACUUAAAGCACAAAACGAAGAACUGGAAGAUGAUUUGCAGCUGACGGAGGAUGCGAAGUUGCGGUUGGAGGUGAACAUGCAAGCCCUUCGCGCACAAUUCGAACGUGACAUCCAGGCGAAGGAGGAACAGUCUGAAGAAAAGCGACGCGGACUGGUAAAGGCUUUGCGGGAUCUUGAAGCAGAGCUCGACGAGGAACGCAAACAGCGUGUGGCUGCCGUUGCUGCCAAGAAAAAGCUCGAGGGCGACAUUAAGGACAUGGAGGCGACGCUCGAGAUGAACAACAAGGUGAAGGAGGACGCUCUGAAACAGGCGAAGAAACUGCAGGCACAAAUCAAGGACGCCAUCCGCGACGCCGAGGAAGCUAAGGCAGCUAAGGAGGAGUUAGCCGCUGUUAGUAAGGAAGCCGAGCGAAAGGUGAAGACCCUCGAGGCGGACGUGAUGCAGCUCUCGGAGGACCUUUCCAGCUCGGAACGGGCACGCCGGGCCGCCGAGGGUGAACGCGACGAGCUUCUGGAGGAAAUCAACUCCAACUCCAGCAAGGGUUCGCUAAUGAUCGACGAAAAGCGUCGCCUGGAGGCACGAAUCACCACGCUCGAGGAGGAACUCGAGGAAGAACAAUCAAACCUCGAACUCAUGGUCGACCGAAACCGCAAAGCACAGCUGACGAUCGAGCAGCUGACGACCGAGCUGGCAACGGAAAAGUCAAACGCUCAGAACAACGAAGCCCUCAAGUGCGGCUUGGAGCGGUUGAACAAAGAGCUGAAGGCUAAGUUGUCGGAACAGGAGACUGCUCUGCGGACGAAGCUGAAGGCCGCGACAGCCGCGUCCGAGGCGAAGAACGCCAACCUUGAGAAGCAGCUCGAAAACGAAACGAAGGAGCGGUUGGCCGUGCAGAAGGCGAACCGUAAGCUCGAAAAGCGCAUCAAGGAGCUUACUAUGAACAUCGAGGACGAACGACGACACGCUGAUCAGUAUAAGGAGCAAAUUGAGAUGGCGAACAACCGCAUGAAGACACUGAAGCGUAAGCUGGACGAGGCGGAAGAAGAAGUUCAGAAGGAGAAAACGCUAAAGAGAAAAGCUCAGCGCGAGUGCGAGGAUAUGCUCGAAAGCCAUGAAGCGUUGUCACGGGAAGUAAAUGCCCUCAAAUCGAAACUAAGACGAGGUGGAGCAAUGGGCAGUUUGAGUUCGACUCGAUUGACACCGAAGCGUGAGAAUGAUUCCAUAUCGGUGCAGGAUGAAUCGCUCGAUGGUGAGGAUAACAGUAACUGACGAAAGACGUCUUCCAAUGGCAGGCAGUAGCAGCAGCAACAGCAGCAACAGCAGUAUCGAUCACAAAACCAACAGCUCUUCGACCAUUCCGGCAACCAUUACUGAGCGAACCAUUGAAAGCGCGCGCAACGAAUAUCGCUGGCAAUAAUAAUGAUUAGUAGGUUAACCAGAAACGAUGGGACGAUUGCAAGGACGAUCUAGCAAACGGGGUAAACUUGGGGCGUGUGGGUGUUUGUGGCCACGUUGAUUUUCGAACCAUAAGAGAGAAGGUACUGAUACGAGAUGUGUUAACCUUGAUCUGACAAUUUUCCGGGGCGGAAAAGCACGCAUUUAACAGGUUGGGGGAAACGCGUACUAGCUUUUUCUUUCUAUCAUUGCUACAGAAAGCCUAUUGAGAUACGAUGUCCUUCAAUGCACUAGCGUACAUGUGCGAGAAUUUGGAAUAAGUUUUGUUUAAUCGGGGCCCAUCAGUUCACAUUCCUGUUACUUUGUAAGAAACGAUGGACAUAAAUGUGUUUUCUACGGUAUCCCACCGGGAGCAGGUGGAUUUUUAUUGAAUCGCCCUUUUUUGUUGUUAACACCGUCGUCACCCUUUUUGUUAUCGAUUGUAAAGAAUUGUCUUUGUGUUUUGUUUUAACAAUCGCUUAACCACACCAUAAAACGUUUGGUCGCGAUAUGGACAAGGAGGAGAUACAGGCUCCAUGUUCUUGUUCGGAUGUGAAUGUGGCAAUACGUAGAAGCAUCUGUCCCGGGCAACAACUGCUAGAAAAGCGUCUUAUGUUUUUUUUUGUAAGACCGACUGAAGCUGAUCAGCAGCAAUACGACGGACGGAGACCUCAGGAAGGGAAUGCAAUGCAGAACAACAACGAUAAAAUGAUAAACGUAUGUAGUCAGUGUACCGUUAGCAAAGUGCCAUGUUUUAUAACAAUCAAAUCUAGAUAGACGGGGAAGAAAAAAAGCAUAAAGGGAGGAGAAUUUCGCCAAGUGGUGGCACACCAGCAGGAGCCGCAUUUUAUUCGGUAAAUGCACGUGCAUUUACGUUGGGGAGGUCGAUAGUCGAACUUGCGGCACAUACACAGGAUGGUUUCGGGCUCAAAUUUCGACUGAGCCUUCCCAGAACGCAGGACUAUCCAGCUACGUGGACAUUUCCAGUCAUAGACAGGUUCUGACCAAACAUCGGAUGUUGAGCCAUUAAAGGAGAAGAAAACAAUGCACGUGCAUGCGAAUGUUUGGACGUGUGUACGUGUUGUGUGUAUGAAUGUGUUUGCAUGUGUUGUGCAGAAUGUGAGAAUGAAGUGAAGAGAACGAGGGUGGUGGUCUGGUAGAGGAUGCCAAUUGCCUCAAUCGGUGGCUACGAAGAAUCAAAGGAGUAUUUGACAUUUACCCUUCGAGAUCCAAGGUCCGGUUGCCUCAUUCGAUCAUACUAUCACGAAUGUAACGUUGUCUCUGGUUGUUCGCUAGUGUUAUUGUGUUGCUUUUUUUUAAAGGGUUACUUACUGUCCCGGAUCUGUGUUUCAACCCUCUUAGAGAUCGAAUCAGAAUGUAGCAAAUGAAUGUGACAGCAGAGAGAAAAGUAAGCUCAAUCGUUCAAUGGUUAACCGAUCGCGGCCAUUGUUUCAUUUCAAACACCAGUCGCAUUUAAUGUUGAGAUGCGCAUGGAAGGCAUGAGAUACACGCAAAAGAAACGCGAGUAGAAAAGUUGCGCUAGAAAAAAAAUCAAAUGGAUCGUUGUUUGGCUAGGCGCGUAUAUGUUGACGUAAAGAAAAGCAUGUGAAGCAAGAAAAAUGGCCGAAUCUGUAGGAUUUUUGGGUUAUUUUAUUCUCUUUUUUCUGAUUUUGAUUAUUAUUUAAUGAUUUUUUUUUAUAUUUUCGUCCUUUAUUUAACUGUGUAUUAUUACUAUUAUUAUUAUGAUUAUAACCACUAUUACUUUAAAGUAAGCCAGCCGUCGCGCAAACGUAUGCCUUGAUCAAAAAUCGAAUUCCCGGAGCGUGUAAGGAUAGAGAGAGGGGAGGGGCGGGUGGCAGCGGUGACAAAGGAAGGGCGGCCAACCAGAACACGCAUUUCCGCAACAAAACCCUUUCGCCCGCGGUCAUCGUCACUUUUAUGAAGCACUCCAUUUUUCUACUCCAUUCUUUCGGAAGUGGCACAAUAGGAAAAACAAACUCAAAAUAACACUUUCGGCCUCCGCCAGCCUCAUUCGCCAUCGCCACUACUCCCUCCCGCUGUUACAUACAUUGAAUAAGCCCCAUGUACUUUUUAAUAGGACAAGAUCAAUUGAGUAGACCAGCAGCGAAAGCAGCAAACGAUUAAAAUUGAUAAUAAAAUAUCGUUUAAAUAUUGAAA